CGAAUUUGACCAACGAAAUUUUCAUUCAUUCUUCAUUAGUUCAUAUGAGAGGUGUAAUAAUUGGAUCGGGCGUGGAGAAAAAGUCUUUUUCAAAUUGGUUUUUUCUUCAGUGAAAGAAAAAAUUACAAACCGGAACUUAUGAGGAAAAGUGCAGGCGGUGGAAAAGUUUUAAUUUACUGAGUGCAGUUAAAUGUCGCAGCGGAAAUUAAUAAAAACGGUGUACUGGUAUUCGUCGCGUCGGAUGAAGUAGAAAAUUAGAGAUAUUUUCUUGUGGCAGUUUUCAGUUGUCUACCUGCCGCAGCCGCUACCAAUAACGGCGGCAACAACAAGAGCACCAAUAAAUACUUUAGCGGUAGCGCGAGCAACAACAACAUAUCUGCUCCAAACUCCAUUCGACCUGUGUGGUUGUUGGGUGCUGCCGUCAUCGUCGCCAUCAGAGUUAGUGCCGCCUCCCAAAUGGCUGAGACGUGGAAAAUCGCUAAUUUUUAAAAGAAAAUUUUACUCAAGCAUAAAACAAAGAAAAAAAGUUCGGUGAAAAAUGAAAAAUUCGUGAGAAGAUUAGGAGAAUAGUGAAAGCAGCAAAAGAAAAGGAGUACACGAAAGCGAAAAAGAGAGAAGCCGCUGUUGGUGUUGUUCCUCACAGCAAAAAUAGGUGUGAAUUCGAAAUAGAAUUUAUAAAUGUAACAAUCAAGUUUCAUAAAUUUAUUAACGUAAAAGUUCAAAUAUAUGUGUGUGUAUGCAUGUAAUUCGAUUCAAUUAAAAUAAUUCCACAUUUUUGCAUUUAGAAACUUGAGAAAAAUUCCAAACACAAAUACAACAAAGAUAAUAAGGAGAAGUAGAUGUCAUGAAGUGAUUAAACUAACGAUGAAUAUCAUAAAUGAAUAAGAAGAGAAGAACAGAUAAUGAAGUGAAGCGAAAAGUGCAAAGUGGGAGACUGGAGUAAAUUACAAAAGAAUAGAAUUAAACUAAAUAGAAGAAGUGAAUAACAGUAAUAAAAGACAAACAUAAAAUAAAAAUAAACGAGAAUUAUUUCUUUAGAAGGUAUAUAGUGAACAAAACGAAAGGAAAUAGCAGAAAAUAGCAAAUCAAAAUGGCGCACCAGCAGCAACUUGCCCCAUCUGUGAACUGUUCAUUGGAUGAUAUCGAUUUGAAUGCAUUGAAGGAUCCCGCUGGUAUCUUCGAGCUAAUCGAGGUCGUCGGCAAUGGCACCUAUGGGCAAGUCUACAAGGGUCGCCAUACGAAGACUGGUCAAUUGGCUGCCAUAAAGGUGAUGGAUGUCACCGAGGACGAGGAGGAGGAAAUUAAAUUAGAAAUCAAUGUGCUUAAGAAAUACUCAAAUCAUCGUAAUAUUGCAACUUAUUAUGGAGCUUUCAUAAAGAAAUCUCCCCCUGGUAAAGACGAUCAAUUAUGGCUGGUAAUGGAGUAUUGUGGUGCCGGGUCUGUGACCGACCUCGUCAAGUCGACAAAGGGUCAGAGCCUUAAGGAGGAAUGGAUUGCGUACAUUUGUCGCGAAAUAUUGCGUGGUCUCAGCUACUUGCACUCAAACAAAGUUAUACAUCGUGAUAUCAAGGGGCAAAAUGUGUUGCUCACAGAUAAUGCCGAAGUGAAACUAGUUGACUUUGGUGUGUCCGCACAACUGGAUCGCACGAUAGGUCGGCGAAACACAUUCAUAGGCACUCCAUAUUGGAUGGCACCGGAAGUGAUUGCCUGCGAUGAAAAUCCGGAAGCCACAUACGAUAACCGCUCGGACUUGUGGUCGUUGGGUAUAACAGCACUGGAAAUGGCUGAAUCUCAGCCACCGCUGUGUGAUCUGCAUCCGAUGCGUGCAUUAUUUUUGAUUCCACGCAAUUCUCCGCCACGUCUAAAAUCGAAGAAGUGGUCAAAGAAAUUCCACGGAUUCAUUGACACAGUUCUUGUGAAAGACUACCACCAGCGGCCUUACACAGAGCAAUUAUUAAAGCACGCAUUCAUUAAGGAUCAGCCCACAGAUCGUCAGGUGCGGAUACAGCUGAAGGAUCACAUCGAUCGUUGCAAGAAGCGGAAGCAGGAGAAGGAUCGUGAUGACUUUCACUAUUCCGGUUCAGAUAAUGAUGACGAUGAGCCGCAGAUUGCUGGUGAGCCAAGCUCCAUCAUACAGGCACCGGGCGGGGAUACUUUGCGUCGCAACUUUCAACAGAUUCAGGAAGGACGUAUUGCUGCCGAGCAACAGCAGCAGCAACAAAUUGCAGCGGCUGCUGCAGCUGCACAAGCCCAAGCACAGGUGCAGGCACAAGCCCAACAGCCGCAAGCUAAUCGCAACCAGAAACCGCAAUCGCGCGAACAAAGGCAACAAAUCGAAGAACCAGGACCGCCAUCACGUCCGGCCUUGCCUCAACGCGUUAUUGUGGUUCCCGAUCCACCACUUGCAAAUCCACCACAUGCCAAUCGCCCGUUGCCACCGACUCCGAAAAGCUCAGAACCCACUGCUCAAACGCCACAGCAACAGCAGCGCAAUUCUCAAAACAAUUUCAAACCAUCGUUGCCACCAAGGAGACCUGAGCCGCAGCCGCAGUCGCAACCGCAGACCACUUUCGGACAGCCACAAUCACAAUUGCAGCAGCAGGCCCAACCGGAGGCGCCACCACGUAAUAAUCGCCAAUCGGUGCCACCUUCUUCAUCGCAGAUGAAAUCGGCUCCAGCUGUACCACCGAUAUCGAACAAUCAUCAUCAUGCGCAGCCAAUAAAUCCAUUAGACCCGCUGGAUAGCAGCGAUACAGAUAGUGAGCCCGAUGAGCCCAACGAACGUGGACGCAAUGAUGGCACCUUGUUAGCUAGUGAUCCACCGAAGCCACUGCCUGGGCUUGGACCCGUUUCCGAGGACACAACGACCACUCCCAUCAGCCAUGGCAGCAGCAGCGGCGGCGGACCACCAAAUCGUCCAUUGCCUCCCACACCGGACGACGAAGAUCAGGCUGGCGAUCGCACAUUAAUCAUGAAGAGGAAACUCGAAAACCAAAACAAAAUCCAAAAGUCUGCCUCCACAACCUGUGCCAAUCGCCCAUCCCGAGAUGAAGUUGUACUCAUGCGCGAAUGGGACAUCGAGAAAUUCUUUCCGAACCGCGAAGGCGGCAGUAAUGGCAACGCCAACAGUAAUGCCGCUGCAAUCUCCAAUUCGAGCACACUGAAGGUUGAACAAAAGCUGCAACGCAGCAGUGUUUCCGAGAUGUCGCGUCGCAAUUCCCAUCAUAAUUCGCCAACGACGCGACAACAAUUACAACAACAACAACAGCCACCACCCGUGCCACAAGGCUUCCAGCCUCUAAAAGGACCCAAAGAAACGUCACAAAAAACACAACAGCAACUUCCGGUUCGGCCAAGUCACACCGCUGGCGGUAACGCUAGCAGCAACAGCAGCAGCAGCAGUAGCAAUGCGAGCACCACCAGUGCAGGUGCACAAAAGUCGAGCGGCUCUAACCGCAUCAGCAGCAGUUGCACUAACGCGCUCAGUGUCAGCAGCUCCGCCGGCGCACAAAAAGCACAGCCCCAGCAGCAAGUGCACAAACGCCAGGAGUCCGAUUCGAAGUUGCCCAAUUUCAUGCGCAGCUUUAGGCGUGAAAACUCGGACUUCUUCCCACAAAUGAAGCGCUACUCUGCCGUGCUGAGCAGCAAUAGCAGCAAUCUAAGCUCGCCGCAAUUAGUGCAGGCGCAGCGGGCGAGCGUCAUGCUACCUCGCAGCAGCAUGUACAACAACAAGGGCGAUAUAGCUGCCACCGACAAUAAGCCAAAGGAAAUGAAAACAUGUAGUGCGACCACUACUUCUACAGCCACAACAGCGACUAGUGCUUCCAAUGCUGCCAAGCAGCAAACGCCAUCGGAGCAGCAACAAACGACGACGCCAAAGCCAAUCAGCACUCCAAGUGCUAGCAAAGCGAGCACGCCGGCAAUAACGGCGCAGCCACAAACCAAAACAAGCUGGACAAAUAAUUUGACUCCGGGUAAAUUAGAUUUCCUACGGCCUAGACGCGAAAAGACUGAAUCGGUAAUUGUGUUGCAAAACUCCGCAGCUAGACAGCAGUCAUUCCUGGCGCAACAACUACUACAGCAGCAGAAUCGUAGCAGUGAGAAUAGCGGUCUCGGCACUCCAGGAACUCGCACAAGCAGCGUCUUACCCGAUUUGCUUAGUCAAGCUUCACCGGCAACGCCACCGCGCCAUGAUAAAUCAUCCAGCGAGGAGUAUCAAGCGGCCAUCAACUCAUCAGUGCAUUCCACGCCGUCAAAGUCGUUUAUUAGUUCGAACAAUUCGCCGCAGUCGACAAUUUCAUUGUCGUCGUCAUCGCGACAGAAUAGUCCGAAAAAUUCAAUUAGCAAAACUAGGUCUACCAGCAGUAUUACUAAUCUAUUGCACAAUAUUUCAUCUUCCAAUAUCUCAUCGCCGCAAUUGUCUGCCAAUUUGCCGCCGCAUGCGUAUGCGCUACAACAGAAACAGCGUAGUUUCCUCACGUUUGGCUUUGGUGCUGGUGGCUCGGGACCGACACGUCGUGAGUCGCACAUAAAUGUGAAUGUGACGCCAACGUCGCACGAGGCGACCAGCGACACACCGGAAAUACGAAAAUAUAAGAAACGCUUCAACUCGGAGAUUCUAUGUGCGGCUUUAUGGGGUGUUAACCUAUUGAUUGGCACCGAAAAUGGCCUAAUGUUGCUGGAUCGCUCUGGACAAGGAAAAGUGUAUCAGUUGAUCUCGCGCCGUCGUUUCCAGCAAAUGGAGGUGCUAGAAGGUCAAAAUAUCUUAGUUACCAUAUCUGGAAAGAAGAAUCGUGUGCGCGUUUACUAUUUGUCAUGGCUAAAAUCGAAAAUCCUACGAACUGAUGGACUUUCUGAUCAAGUGGAGCGUCGCAAUGGCUGGAUAAAUGUGGGUGAUUUACAAGGUGCUGUACAUUUUAAGAUUGUGAAAUACGAAAGGAUUAAGUUCCUAGUGAUCGCAUUAAAAGACUCAAUUGAAAUUUAUGCAUGGGCCCCCAAGCCAUACCACAAAUUUAUGGCAUUUAAGAAUUUCGGCGAUUUGGAACAUCGCCCGCUUUUAGUAGAUCUCACCAUAGAGGAUCAGUCACGUCUUAAAGUGAUUUAUGGUUCUGCAGAAGGUUUCCACGCGGUCGACUUGGACUCCGCUGAAGUAUACGAUAUUUAUCUUCCUAAACAUACUCAUGAUGCAAUCAUUCCGCAUUGUAUAGUGGCGCUUCCGAAUUCGAAUGGUAUGCAACUCUUGCUCUGUUACGAUAACGAAGGUGUCUAUGUAAAUACGGUUGGACGAGUUUCCAAGAAUAUUGUCUUGCAGUGGGGUGAAAUGCCGACAUCCGUGGCCUACAUCGGCACUGGACAAAUCAUGGGCUGGGGUAACAAAGCAAUAGAAAUUCGUUCGGUGGAAAGUGGUCAUUUGGAUGGCGUGUUUAUGCACAAAAAAGCUCAGCGCUUGAAAUUCCUGUGCGAGCGUAAUGACAAGGUGUUCUUUAGCAGUGCCAAAGGUGCUUCAUCGUGUCAAAUAUAUUUUAUGACACUCAACAAGCCAGGCAUGGCCAAUUGGUAAUCAGUCAGUGAAUUCAUGGAAUUCGAAGUGAUAAAUGCGCAACGUAGCAACGUACGAUUAUAAUGAGCGUAGAAAAUAUUGAAACGAAACAAAUAGAAAUGCUGAUUGAUUACGACGCAAUCGACGACAGUUUGUUUCUCGUAAUUAUAAGUGAAUUUUAAAUUAAAGUAUAUUAUAAACCCAAUAACGAGAGAUAAAAAAACAAAAAUAGAAUACAAAAAAUAAAACGCUAAGUUGCUGCUUGAUACUGCUGAAAACCCGUAUUACAUUAAGCAUUAGCAGACUUACGAUACAAAGAAGAAGAAGAAGAAGAAGCAAUGAAAUGGAAUAUCAGCCAUUUAAUUGGAGAUAUAUAUACCGACACACGAAUGAGAAUCAAAUUGAGAGUUUUGUACCCUAGAACGGUACUAAAGUAUAUCUAAAAAUAUGUUGAUGCGGGAUACGCAAAAUUGAAUUUGCACAGGCAGAGAAGCAAUAGUGAAUCGAGUUGAAAACAUGAGUUUAAAUUAAUGUUAUUACUUAGUUGUGUUAUUGAUAAUUUAUAUAGAAAAGGAAAUUGAAGGAAAAUUCAGUUGAAACAAAGCAUAGACAUCGUAUACAGACGAAAUUUCAAUAUAUCAUACAUACUUAUGCACAGCUACACUCACCUCCCUUGCGGGCAUAUAUUUCGGAUUUAAAGUUACAAAAUUAUGUUAUGACUCCUAAUUUCAUUAGACCUUUGACGAGAGCAGUUCACGAAUUGAAAAUUAAAUAUCAAUUUUGGGCUUCCGAUAAGUCAAUAGUUGCAUUCGAAAGCAUUCUCUUUCUACUAUGGAAUUUAAAGUUGAAAAACUCUGUUAUGACUCCUAAUUUCAUUAGACCUUUGACGAGAGGAGUUCACGAAUUGAAAAGUGAAUAUUUAUUUUGUGCUUCCGACAUGUCAAUAGUUGCAUUCCAAUGCAUUCUCUCUUUACUGUCGUUUUAAAUUUUUGUAAUAUUUGCAUGAGUAGGUAAACUUUAAAUUCGAAUUUUAUGUUCGCAUACGUUGUGGCUGAUUUUAAGUGUGGGCAACUGCUUGUGUAUAUAAUUUUUUGAAAGUCGUCUAUUUACGUUCCAUUACGAUGUAGAUCAUUAUUUAACAAUUUCCGUUGGAACUUUUUGCUGCAUUUCACUGCACCAACGUCUCUUAUCUUUGCCAAAUCUGAUUUAAGAGAUUCGGUAAUUCGAUCAAUCUGAUUUUUGCUAAAACAAAACGUAUGUGAGCUUUACUCACAAUGAGUGCCAACUUUUUUAUUUGAUCAAAUAGUUUGUAUUUGACUUAAUUUCUUUAUAAGUAAACUUUCGAAAACUGCAAAAUAUUAACUUGAACGGUGUGUUUUAACAUUAAUUGAAGGAAUGCCUGCGCGUAAAUGCACAUAAAUUGAUAAUUUGGCAACAAAUUUCGAGUAAUAUUCUAGCUUUUAUACUUGGGUGCUCGUUUUGUGCUGUGAAAGCGCACAUUUUACAUUUGGAGAGCUCAACUUGUAACGUUUCAAUUGCAAAUGCGACUUGCCUUGGGUCGCUGCAAUCGGCGCUAGCUCCACUUAUAUUUGCUAUUUCUUCUAUUUUUUUUUUUCUUUUUUGUAUUUUAUAUUAAAAUCGUAUUUUUAAGCUAAGCCAAUAUGUCCUUGCAAUAUUCAAAAGCCACAAAUAACAAAAAAUUAUACGAAAGCUGUCGUAUUAUUUUUUAUUUAUCUUAUAUGCUGGAAUAUAAUUUUUUUCGGUAAUGAAUUUAUUACAUACUAUUAAAUAUAUACACAAAUACAUUUACUCUUUACAUAAAAAAAUAUGUAGUUUACAUUUUGCUGGCCCAGUCGAUGCGGUGCAAAUGACACCCCUAUCGAUGCACCACCAUUUCUUGGGCAUACUUUAGUUUGUCUUAGUUUUGUUGAAUGUUGUAAAAUUUUUAGUUUACUCUUGUUUUUUUUUGUUUUUUUUUUCUAUAAAAAUUGAAUCGCCAUUUGUAAAAAUAUAAGUGAUAGUACAUAAAUACAAAUGAAAAAGUAUAUAUAUAACAAGGAAUAUAAAAUUGAGUGGAAAAAUCUUUGAAAGUGUAAUGAAUGCAUAGAAAUUGUAUGGAAUUCGAACUGUGCAUAUGAAAUAAUCCAUCAAGGAGUGAAGUGGGGUGUCGUUCAUUGAGGAAAUAUUAUUAUAAAUACAUAAACAUAGCGUGAAAAGAAAAGAAAUUUAAGAGAUUCAUAUAGCCAGAUAAACACACACACGCGCACCCACACACAAAUAGACACAUUUAAACAAAAAUAAACAUUGAAAGUAAAUAAUUUAUAUGAAAUAAACAAAAGAAAGCUGUUUAUAUACAUACAUAAGAAUACUAAACGGCCUAGUUAAGCAUUUUUUACUGAACUUUUUAUAAGGAGUCUUGAAGAGGGCUCUCGCGAUAAAAACAAAUGCAUACACUCACACAAAUGAGUUAAAAAUUUAAUACAUAUACAUAUAUGUAUGUAGAUAUGUAUAUGCGUUGGCGGUGUAUUAAUUAAAAAAGAAAGCAAAGCAACAAAUUAAGAGUUAACACAUGCAAUCAUAAAAAAAUCAAAUAAGAAAAAGGAUCUGCAAAAGUUGAAUUUUGUAAUUUUUGUUUGUAAUGUGUUUUUGGUUUUUGUUUUUUUUCUUUUUCAAUGAUCGCUGGAAUAAAUGAUAGAUAAAUGUGUUCGUACUUCACCUCACUCUCUUACGUGUCCCCUAAAUGAAUGUCGAGUACAACAUUUUCAAUGUACGCUUAAAUACGCAUCCAAUUUGUAGCUCGAUUAGCAGAGAAUGCAGAGUCAAAUCAGUCUAGCCAAUCGUCAUUUUAUGGCCGAUUGUUUUUACUUUUUUUUAAAUGCUGUUUUUCCUAUUACGGCGCUUAUGUAAAAUGCUGAUUUACUAAAUUUUCUCUUGUCGACGUACAAAGUUGGAUCUUCAUAUUAAGGUGGCCAAGUCAACUUUUAUGUAUUUGUAUGUGUGCAACACUUGAUAAUCUUUGUUUUUUAGCUGAAACAUUUUCAAAUACAAUAUUUGCAGAUUUUUAAUUAGCUGUUUUUGCUUUUUCGUGUUUUUAAUAAAGUCAACAAAAGUUAAUAAAAAUUUAUAAAUUUUAAGAAGCAUUGGAAGUUACUUCAAUCGAUGUAUAAUUGUUUGUUUGUUCGUUUAACGCAUAAGUUAUUAUUAUUAUUAAUAUUUGGAUUUGUGUUAUUUGGCGUAUUGAUAAAGUCUACUGGAUACCCUUAAAAUGCCAAUCCCUACCCUAUGAAUCCCUUCUUCUUCAUUUUCCCUAUUGAUAUAUUAUUUGUCAGUUUAAAUUGAUAGACCGAUAUUGAUUUGAACAGUUUAUCGUCUUAUCAGUAACCUGUAAAGCGCAUAUAUCUUUAAUAUUAAUUGAAAUAAAUAUGAAAUAUAUAUAUAUAUAAUCUCAAAC